GGCGAGGGCGCGGGGCCGUCAGCAGGCCAGGGCCAGUCUGAAGGCCGCAGCGCCGCAGGGCCUGGGGGAGGGUGCCGUCCCGCCCACUUGCACCGCUUGCCGCCCCACCUCCCUCUCGCCACGCAGCCCGGCUGCCGGCCUCAGGGGACACGGGGGUGGGGGGCACCGGGAGACAGGGAAGGCCCUUCUCCCCCACCCAGCGCACGCCCAGUCCUUCCAGGAAAGCAAACCCGCGGCGGUGGAGGGCGGGCCCGGGCUCCCUCCGCCGGAGGAAGGCGCCGCGGAGAGCCGCCGCCCCGCCCCUGCUGCCCGCGCCAAUGGGAGCCCAGGUCCGCCCCCCGAGCGGCGCCCUCGCCGGGUAUUUAGGAGCCGCGCGCUGGCCCUGCGGCGGGCCGCCCUGGAGGGAGCCUGGCGCGGCUUGCGGAGUGCCCGCCAUGGCCUGGCUGGCGCUACUGGGCGUGCUGCCGAGCGUGCUACGCGUCGGGUCCGGCUCCCCAGAGCCUGAGAGCCUUCUGCGCCCUGCGCCCCAGAGCUGCCCCUACAGAUGCGUGUGCGCCGCCGACCUGCUGAGCUGUGCGGGCCUCGGGCUGCGGGACGUGCCGGCCCCCUUACCCACCCCCGCCGCCGACCUCGACCUGAGCCACAACGCGCUCCAGCGCCUGCGCCCCGGCUGGCUGGCGCCCCUGGCCCGGCUGCGCGCCCUGCGCCUGGGCCACAAUGAGCUGGGCGCGCUGGGCCGCGGGGCCUUCACCAACGCCAGUGGCCUGCGGCUGCUCGACCUGUCGUCGAACGCACUGCGGGCGCUGGGCCGCCACGACCUCGACGGGCUCGGGGCACUGGAGGUGCUGCUGCUCUUCAACAACCGCCUGACGCACCUGGACCAGCGCGCCUUCCACGGCCUGGGCGCGCUCAGCCGGCUCUACCUGGGCCGCAACGAACUCGCCUCCUUCUCCUUCGCCCACCUGCACGGCCUGGGCGCCACCCACCUCCGCACCCUGGAUCUCUCCGCCAACCGCCUGGGGCGCGUCCCCGUGCCUGCCCUGGCCGCGCUGCCCGCCUUCCUCAAGAACGGCCUCUACCUGCACAACAACCCGCUGCCCUGUGACUGCCGCCUCUACCACCUGCUGCGGCGCUGGCACCAGCGGGGCCUGAGCGCUGUGCGGGACUUCGCUCGGGAGUACGUGUGCCUGGCCUUCCAGGUGCCCGAGUCCCGCGUCCGCUUCUUCGAUCACAGCCGCGUCUUUGAGAACUGCUCGGCGGCCCAGGCCCGGGGCCUGGAGCGGCCGGAGCAGCAGCUGCGCGUGCAGCUGGGUCGGCCCCUGACGCUGCGGUGCAACGCCAGCGCCCCGGCCACGCGCACUGUCUGGGUCUCCCCACAACAGGAGCUGCUCCGGGCGCCCGGAUCACGCGACGGCAGCAUCGCGGUGCUGGCUGAUGGCAGCCUGGCCAUCAGCGACGUGCAACCGCGGCACGAGGGGGUCUUUGUGUGCCUGGCCACCGGGCCGCGCCUGCAUCACAACCAGACGCACGAGUACAACGUGAGCGUGCGCUUCCCGCACCCCGAGCCCGAGGCUUUCAGCACCGGCUUCACCACGCUGCUGGGCUGCGCCGCGGGCCUGGGGCUCGUACUGCUCUACCUGUUCGCGCCGCCCUGCCCCGGCUGCCGCCGCUCCUCCCGCCGCUGCCGCUGCCGCCGCCGCCGCCGCCCACGGAGCCCGGUCCAGGAGCUGCGCGCGCCGCCCUCGGCGCUGGGCAGCCCGCCGCCCAGCCGCAAGGCCAGUGCGCACAAGCACGUGGUUUUCCUGGAGCCGGGCGGCCGGGGCCUCAGCGGUCGCGUGCGGCUGGCGGUAGCCGAGGACUUUGACCUCUACAACCCCGUGGGCCUGCGGUUCCAGGCCGGCUCCGGGUCCACCAGCUCCACAGGCUCCGGGGACCUGGUGAUGACCUAAACCGCCCGGGCCCCUCCUGACCGCUGCUUGUGCUGCGCCCUGCCGCCCAGAUGUCCCGAGAGGGCUGGGGCCGAAGCCCGUCGGGAAGAGCCCUGGGCUGAGGCAUCCCUCCAGGGUUGGCAAAGGACGGAAGCGCGGCCACGUUCCCUUCCCAGGGGGCAGGAGGAGGGCACAGGCAGGCCCAGCCCCCAGCCCCCAAGGCAGCGACCUCCAAUCUGCUUCAGGUUUCUCAAGCUCAUGCCGGUGGGCAGGCAGAGGGCAGGCUAGCGCCCCCCAAGACCCCAGGAAGCUGGGCACCCGCAGGCCACCCUGAGGACAGAGCCUCUCCCGUGGGCUCGCAGCACAGCAGGAAGGGGCACCGUGGCCUGUGCCCCCAGCUCUUCAGCAGUGAAACGCCCGCUGAGCAUGGCCAUGAAGGGAGGGCCGAGCCGAUCUCACAGUCCCCCGAGCAUGGAAGCCUCCUAAGGGCUGGCACUGGUCUCAGCCUAAUGGCUUCACACUUAUCUCAGCACCCAACCCACUGCAGGGAGUGGGGGGUUGGGGGACCCUCCUGCGUGGGGGUGAGUGGGGCCCUCUCAGUGCCCUGGAUUCACCUGUCAUGGCAUCCCUUAAUAAAGGAAGCGCCCGCCCACCACCAGUCUCUCCACCACACUUAGCCCUCAGUGCCAUCCUGGGUGGGGUACGCUGGUGCUCUGCCCUCCCACCAACUCCUGGCUCCUCUGCCCCUGCCACACGCAGGGCCACUGUGCCCUGUCCUGCUGGGGCCCCGACGUCGCCUGCUGCUGGGGCCUGAGCUGCUGCCACCUACGAGGCCACAGCCUCCGCCUCCACACCCAGCACUGGGGUCCACUUGGAGAGGGGGACCCAGCUGCAGGGCAGCGCUGCCCAGUCCCUGCCCCAAAUGCCUGUCCCC